ACGAUAGAGCAAUGGCUUGGAAGAGUUUCAGGCCUUCAAUUUGUUACACAAUUUGGAAGUCACUGUUUACUGGAACUUUGAUUUCCUUAUUAACUGCAACAGUCAUCGGCUCUCUGUUCGUGUUCUUCACUUAUCUCUCAUACGAAACUGUACUCGACUGCCCGUUUCACUCCGUUGAGUCAAUUCCGUUACAAAUACAAUGGAUGAAAUGUAUGUCCGGUAUCGUAUCUUCUGCCUUUGUUUACAUUUGGUUCCUUGUGAGUAUGUUACUCUUAUUUCGCCCUUACCAGUUAAUAGGGGUUAAAAUAAAACUGUCGCUUGCUGCUCUCUCAGUAUACUGCUUGGAUGCUUUUUAUCGUAUUGGUCUGCAAGCCUUCGAAGUGUUACAAUCCAAAGCGUUCACGUCACUGAAACUUCCACUCAAUAUUUUGUUUCUUGUCAGUAUAUGUUUGCAAGUAUAUCUUGUAACGACUCACUUCUCGGUCAGCCUUUCAAGGAGAAAACGAGCUUCUUUAUUCUUGCAAUUGAUUCUUCCAAACUGUUUGAGUGACGCUGUUACUUUCAUUACAAUUUACACCAUUUACCCAGCAUACAAUAAACAAACAAACGAAGGUAAACUGCUGAUUGCCAUCCUCGCUCCUCUAGUUGGAUUUGUACUCAAAGUGAUUUGCAGGAUUUCUGUUCAGCGGCUAAGGAACAUUACCCAUCCGGGAUAUUCAUACGUAUUACUGGCGCCGCUGUACUUUGGCUCAGCUAUUAUGUUUCGAGUUUUACAAGCAAAUUUAGACAGUUUGCGAUCCAUGGCUAUUCUUGGAAUAGUUCACGGAAUUUCGGAGGUCUUAGAACGAAUCUUUAUGGUCAUUAUCGAUCAUUACGGCCAUGUUAUUUGGAAAAGAACGUCAGCUCCUUGGGGAAGUUUUCGUACUCCUCGCCGUGAGAGACUAAUGGCUGAUACUGCAAUUAUGAGCAAGUUGUAUGAAUCAAUUGGUGUGGUGUCUGUCAAUGGCGUGUUAUACCUUUAUAAAGCUAUUUUCCUACAAAAUGAGCCUCUUAUAAAAUUGCUUCAAUCGUUUGCC